CUGUUGGGUGGAGGCAAGUGCACCCUGGACAGGUGCAUAACCACACACACAUUUACACCUAGGGAUAACUUAGAUACACCAGAUAACCUAUGAAGCACAUAGAAAGGACCAAGUCAGGAUUUGAACCUGGGCCUUCUUGCUGUGAGUGCUUACCACUCUUCCACCACCUUCCGCCCAACCCAUUUUGUGUAGACAGAAAUUGGACAGGACAAAGUAAACAUUAAAACUCUGCUGGCACCAUCUUUUUACUGCCAAAGCAACAAAUGAAGGUGAAGGAAAACCUCACCUCUAAAUGUGCGCAUUUCAAAAUCAAAUCAAGAAAAAAACACAAACCUUCAGAGUUCCCAUGAAACCAAAGCAAUAAACCUUCAAAACUUUCUUGCCACCAAGUAUAUUGUUUUAGGGGAAAUCAAUUGGAAAUGGUUCCCUUUUGAAGCCAGCCUUCAGUGGUCUUUAGAGAAAGUGCAACAAUUGAUCCUUCCUGUCCUGCAUCAAAUGAAAGUAUGCAAGGAUUGGUCAUCAAUGAUCCCCAGACUUUCUACAAAUUGACUGAUGGUGAAGAGCAAACACGACUGAAAACUGGAUAAAAAACAAUGAAGCAGUUCUAAAAGUUAGGAUGGAGCUUGUCAAUCGAAAGACCCCACCCCAUUCUUUUAUUACAAUGUCAAAUGUAAAAUACAAAACUUUGGUUUGUCAACGUUCACUCCUUGCAUCAUGAAUGCUAAAUCUAUGCAAAAAGAUGGCAAAACGUUUCAGAACCAAACCUAAAAUCUGCUUAUUUCUGAUUUGGUCUUUUUUACGUUAAUUGGAGUGAAUAUAUAUGGAUCUGAAAUGUCUUUAGUAAAUGAGCUUCAAACAGGAAGUUACAGACUGUCCAUUCAUUACAACUAAUGAGCUUAAGUACAAUAACAGCCUAUUGUGUUUUUUUAGAAAUAUUUAAGAAAGGCUUUCUUAAAGAUUAAUUUAAUUAAACAAGAACUAGCUAAAAACCAAGCUAACAUUGAGCAGCAACUGAAAAAUAUGUAAAAUGCAAAAAGUGAAGAAAAAAAAACUACAAUAGAACCAAUAACAGACAAUCUAGGAUAUAAAUAGAAAAAAACAGAAGAAUAUACUUUAUUAUUAUUCAGGGUGGCUGGAUGGCUCAGUUGGUGACGCACAUGUACACGGGAAGUCAGGGUUUGAUUCCCAGGGAUGCAAUGAGCUUCAUCUAGUGUGGGACAUUGGGCAAGACCCUUCACCCUACUGGCUGACUAUGUAGCCACAAGGGGCCCCCAGUCUGGGUCCCCCUGUACCGGUCCUCAUAUAAUGGGUGGUGUCAGGAAGGGCAUCCAAUGUCAAAAUCUCUGCCCUACUAAAUGUGCAAAUCAGUGAAAGCCAAUUCUCUUUGGCGACCCCUGAAGGGAUGUACCAAAAGGUGAGCAACAUAUUUUAUUAUUAUUGAACCAAUUGAUAAUACGAAGCCCAGACACACACAAAAAAACACAAACGUCAAAAAACCAUCAGUUCUUGGACGUUGUGUCUGUAAGGUGUGUAGUGUCCCAAAACACAAAUUCGUAGUAUAACCUUUCAAACUCUGAGCCAUCCAUUUGGUAAAACAAACAUUUUCUUACAAGCAAAGCCUGUUGACUCUCUGACGUAAUCAUUUUUUGCAAACUCAAUGAGUCACUGAACGUGCUCUUGCACGCACACGCGUGUAAAUGGAGAGGAGCUCCAGUGACUUAUGACUUCCUUUGUAUGGCUCUUCUGUUUUUUUUUUGGUUUUUUUGUUUCCUGUCCGUCUCCUUUGUUUUGCCUUUCCUCACGUUUUGCAUGCAAUCCGGCACACUGCAUGGUCCUGUGAUGAUGAGGCAAUGGCUGGAUAAUUUCAAAGAUGAAGAAUGUUACGAAACAUUUUUAGAGGAAAUCUGAUAGGGUUAGACCUCUGUAAUCCCUAAUUCCAGUCUUGAGCUUAUCUUCAAUCUUCUGUCUCUUUCCAAGUCUUCCAGGUUCUGCUUAAGACUUGCCUACAUAGGUGCAGUUGAGCCCCAGGGCCCUUACAUCAUGACGGGGGAGGCUGUCCCAGCACCCCAGCAGGGGAACUUGGAGGAACCUGUGGAUGUGGAAUGCCCCAUCUGCUACCAGGAAUACAACCAAUACAACAAAUGUCCUCAGAUGCUGGAGUGCCUCCAUGUUUUUUGUGCAGAGUGCCUCCAACUGAUCCAAAUCAGACCGAGCAAUCCCUCCGACGCCAACAGCCCGAAAUCGAUUGCCUGCCCCCUGUGUCGUCAUUUGACCUUGCUGGACACUGGAGGCGCCCUCUCUUUGCCCUGCAACUCUCGCAUCCUCUCCCGGCUGCCCCCAGCUGCCCCUCACAUGUCUGAAAGAAAGACCAACCGUCUGUCCAGUGUCCCCCAGGGAGUGGUGUUCUCCCUGGAGGGCGACAGCAGGGACCCUGGUUUUAUCAUAGUACCCACCGUCAGCCUGCGAGUGCAGCAGAUGCAUCCGGAAAGGCCCUGCGGGGCAGCGCCGGGUCUGGUGGGUGAGGAAGGGGUCAUCCAGCAGAGCAAGAGAACGCUGGGUUGUGUGCAGGUCCUGGCGGUCGUCUUCUGGGUGCUGUUUGUGAUCACCUGCGUGUUUGGCGUCGUGCAGAGGAGAUUUUAAAAGAAAAAAGGAAUCGUUAUCUCUUUAUUUUGUCUCACUUCAUGAAUGUUUCUUUUCAUCAAUUGCAGAUCAUGAGCUCCCUCUAGUGGCCAAUGAAGAAAUGCACAAAUGCCACACACUCAAUUGACACAAACACAUUCAACACCUAUUUGCCCCAGUCUCAACAACAUGGGCUGUUAAUACACAAAACCCUUGUAACUAGAGAGAUUUACCAGCAAAUCACACCCACAUGUUCUGGUCUUGUCCAGCUCUACACUCUUUCUGGAAGGACAUUUUUAGAUUAUUAUCCCAGAUCAUGAAUUAUAAAAAUUAUAGAACCCAGUCCUUUGACAGUUAUCUUUGGUGCACCUCCGCCAUCUGUACCGUCUUCCUCCUCAAGGUCCUCUCCUAUUUCUUUUGCCUAAUUUUGCUUAGAUGGGAGUUUUCAAGUCCUCCAUACUUACACUAAAAGAUUCACUUGAAGAAUUCCACAAAGCCUGUCACAGAGUAAUUUAUCUGUGUGAAGGGGAGGAGGGCGGGGCGGUCAGUCAUGGUCUCCGUUUUUGCAAAAAAUAUCUAUUUUUAUUCUAUUAAUUGGUUGUUUUGUUUUGUUGGUUCAUGUUGUAUUGUGCAUUUUUAUAUAGACUUGUGCUGUUUUUGUUGUAGCCUUUAAUCUUUUUGUCUAAGAUUUGUCUCAUAUAGUGGUUUAUUGUCACCAUAAAAACUGUUUUUUUCUUCCAGAUUUUGUACCUGUUUGCAAAUACAAAAAACAAAUUGCAAAAAAAGCAACAUAUCUAUAUGAUAUAUGUAUUAUAUAUAUUUUAAAAUCUUGGUGUUUUUUUGUGGCAACGACAUUUAUCCUGAAGUAAUUAUGCUGUAUUUGGUGCUUGUGCCACAAUAUGCACCAUUUUUUUUAAAGUCCAGUUCCACAUGAUCAAUUACAGCCAAAAUAACAAAUUCUUUUACUGUUUUCAGACUGAAUUUUCAUGCAUCACUACUAUUUCUGUGCGUGUUUAGAAAUUUCACAACCCAAUCUUAAAGUCUUUCAGUUUCUGCCCAAAGGUCUCACUUAAAACCAUAACAUUGGCACAGAUAUCAGCAUAUUAUGAUUUUAUGACCAUUUUAAUCCCCCCCACCCCCCGUACAAUGAGGUUUGAGUAUUUUGAGUUUAUUAUUGUUUGCACUGAUGUAAUGAUGUUUGUUGUGUGUUUAGUUCUUUUUUUUGUGUUGAUCUAAUCUGUUCUUGACUCCUUUACAAAAAACUUUGUGAUCUUUUUUGAGAAAUAUGUUAUAACAGGAGAACCCAAA